AUGAGUGCUGUAAUCAUUACAUUGACAGUGAUUGUCGUCACACAAUUCAUUGUUAUCGUGUUUUUAUUAACACGACGAAAACAAAACAAUCAAAUUGAAAGUAAAGAAAAGAACCCUGACAGUUUUGAAGAGCCCAAUGAAGAGUACAAAUUAGUCCUUUGCGUGAGAAAAGACCUCAAAAUGGGGAAAGGCAAAAUAGCUGCGCAAUGUGGACACGCAGCGGUCGGGUGUGUCUUAAAAGCACAAAAAACAGAUAAAAAGGCGUUAGAGAGUUGGCAGUACUGUGGCCAAGCAAAAGUGGCGUUAAACGUGAACGACCUUGAGGAGCUGAAUGAGUUAGAGAAGCAAGCAAAGGGGUUAGGAUUGAUCACAAAGAAGAUUUGUGAUGCAGGAAGAACACAAGUUGAGCCGGGGUCUAUAACAGUCUUAGGGAUUGGACCAGGCCCGAAGAGUGUGAUCAAUGAAGUGACUGGGAAAUUAAAACUUCUUUAA